CACACACACACACGCACACGUACGCGCGCAUACACCCAUGGCCCGGCCGAAGAAACGCCGCAAUUUGAAGCCCCGCGACGCGUCGUGCACAAGCGCAUCUCCCGAUGGGGAUGGACUCGUCAGCAAACCGGCUCCGGGGCCGGGGGUCGCCACCUCCGAGACUGUACCGAGCUCCUUCACCUCCAGCAUCCUGUUUUCCCCCCUUCCAGUGGCCGAUCGUCGGGCCAUGUCGGCCUUCUCCCUGAGGCAGAGCGAUGGUGAAGAUGAACUGGCACCCGGGGAGCUGGCGCGCGCGGCCCCGGUCUCAGCACCAGCGCCGGUCCCGGCUUCGGGGGAUCCCCCCUCGGCCAUGCUGGCGGAUGACGCAUUCGAGGAUGCUCGUGACGCCCCGGCUGGCAGCGCGCCCGCCGUUGACGCCCCCUCCUCCGGACUCGGGCGUAGCCUCACUCGUGCCAUCAUCCGGGUUGAGGCCGCGGCCCGGUCGUUCGCGCAGUUUUGGUGUGACGUGUAUGCGGCCGUCGUGGCGACGGUCGUUUGGGUAGUCCUGCUGCCGGGGCGCGUGGUGGCGUCCGUGACGGCUGCCCUCCGGCAGGGUGUUGAGGCCUGUCGCGCCGCUGUGCGCCGGUGGCUACGCGCCCUCCGCUGGGCCGCGUCACACUGGUCACUGGUUCUCAAUCAGGCCUUCUGGUCCACCAUCCAGUGGAUUGCCUUCCUGCUCUUCCCUUGGGUGUAUUUCCUCAAACGAGCUCGCCGGGCUGAAGCGUACAUUGCCGAAGUGGAGCAGCGCCUGGCUCAGGUGGAGCGUGAAUUCCGCCGCAUGCGUCGCGCCCAAGCCAAGGCCGGGGGAGCUGCCCUGUAUGCCGGGGCCGCGUACCAGCCGGAUGGCGGCAUCUUCGGCGCCAGCUUCCAGCCGAGUGCCGGUGGAGCACCGCCCCCGGCCCCGCCGCCCCUGCCGUUUGCCGGGGGGGCGGCACCGCCACCGCCUCCGCCGCCCCCGCCCCCGGGGUUCGGCCAGAAGCGCCCGGGGCUGACGCUGACACGCGCCAGCCCGCGCAAGCCCCGGGCCCGAGUCGAUGAGGCUGGCGGGCCGCCUUCCGUUUCGAUUGACAUGAUUCGCGGGGUGAAGCUCCGAUCGUCGGCAGCCACACCGCCGGUCAAGGGGCGGCUGCGCCCGCGCGAGCGCUCCGCCCCCGGCGGCUUGGCCGUCUCGCUGGACGCCCUGCGCGCGGUUCGGCUCAAGAGCACCUUCGCCAAGCAGGCCUCGGAUGAGGGGGCCGCUGCUCCGACGGCCGGGGAUGCUCCGGCCAGCGCGCCCACACAAGCCACCCCGGCUGGCCGGUCGGUCAUUUCCGCGGAGGGCCGCCCAGAUUGGGUUUCCCCGCGGGCGGCUCUUCUCACCCGGGGCGAUGUGCCUGCGCCUGCCGGCGCUGCCGGCGUGGCGGCCAGCGAACCGGCCGCUGAUCAAUCCCCCAUGCUUCUGUUGAAUGCGCUGAUCCAACGAGCAAAGCUCUUCAACUCACCCGAGCUCGGCCACAUCCAUUCGGAUGAGUGGUCCGAGUCGCCUAGUGAAAGCGCCCUGACCCGGGCGGCCCUGUUGCUGGCGUCCCCUUCGCCGAUCGACCGGCACCCAGUCGAUCCCCCGGCCAAGGUCCUCAUCUUCACCGAUGGCGAUGGCGAUGGCGAUGGCGAUACCGCCAGUAACAGCGGCGGCGGCGGCGGCGGCGGCGAAAGCACCCACGCCGCAAGCGCCCAAGAGGUCGGCCAGUCCGAGGAGGGCACCUUCCAGGAGGCGCCACCGCUCCCCGCCGAACCCAUCGUCCCGCCUGCUGCCUGCUCAUCACCGGUGGGCAGCCGUCUCCCUCCCUUUUGUCCUUGAGAGAUACCACACCCCGCCCCAUCCAUGUACACAGCCUCCCGGCCGGCGUGGCCCGGCCGAAAGGGCACCCAUUCCUUGUCUCGAUUCUCGAAGCGUUCUCACACCUUGACGCGCCAGCCGACGCGUCAGCCAAUAGACAGGAGGACA